AUGUUUAAACACUUAAAAGUUCAACGGCCUGACGCUCACUUCGUUGCAUUCCGAGUGCCUGGAGACAGCCGUCCCGGAAGUAUGGCAUUCCCGGACUUAUUCAACCCUGUCUCCAGGGUGGAAUCGAGGAAAACUCAAAAGCUUUCGAGCACAAGAGAUACGGUAUACCCAACUCCCCGUCCUACCACUUGCGUUGAGAGUUUUAUCAGUUGCAGACGCCCUUUCCAAAAUUUGGACUGGGACGUCGACUCGGCUAAAACCGUUGAAGUCAUCAAAGCAAUUGAAGUCAUGUCUCACACGGCACCCGUAUCCACCGGUUUCUCCUCCAACUUUUUCAAUUUGCUUUCAUCCCUUAUCCCUGCGAGGACCACCACAAACAUAUGGUUUGUCAGCUAUACAUUGAUGUUUUGCGAUUAUUUCAGUACUCUAGAAAUAGAGAUCAGUGACGUUUGGACAUGUGAACUAUCUUUUGGGGUGCUUUUAUUCUAUGUUAAUCGAUACUUGCCGUUAUUCGAUUUGGUUAUCUUCUUGCGUCCGGUUCUAGCAGGGCCAUUGUCAGCCAAGGAGUGUAAAUUCAAUUUCCCGACAGCAUUUUGGCUUAUUACGGUUGGCCUGAUAACUUCCCAAACCGUCAUUAUCCUUCGAACAUAUGCGAUAUGGGGCCGCCGCCGUCUCAUAUUAUAUAUCUUAACACCGAUUGUCACCAUUCUCUUUGGUUCAAUGCUAGCCGUCACAAGUUGGAAAACCUACCUAUAUCACGUUAAGACUCGGGAUUUCUCAAUACCUGGGGUCCCUUUCCUACCAGAAGACUUUAAAUGUACAUUGGCAUCCAUCACAUACGACAAAAAUGACCGCCUAGGCAUGUUUGUUCUGUUUUUAAUUGUCACUAUCGGAGAAACUGCCAUUGUUGUCCUGACCUUGAUUAGGGCGAACUAUCACAUGACCGAAUUUUCCCCACAGUGGGUAGGCCAAUUGUACAAAAACGGGAUAGUUUUUUGUGUAUGCAUGGCUGGGCUAAGCCUAAUUAAUGCGAUAGUAGUCCUCAGUGCACCCGUGCAUUACAGAAUCAUUUUUAUACCUGCACAGCGUAUCCUCCAUUCCAUUUUCGCCAAUCGAGUGAUGCUUUUGAUAUUCCAAAAUCGAAGGCGAUUGAAGGCAACAGGUAGUGUUACUGGCUCCAAUUCAAGCAGGCGCAGUACGACCAUGGAUCUCUUCACAUCUGUAUAUCCUGAAGAUUUUGAGUUUGAGCAGCCUUCAUGGCGUACAAGGGCACAAAUUGAAUGGAUACGAUGA